AUGGCAACAACCAACUCAAGUUCCUCCUCUAAGGCCGAACCGGCUGGAUCGGCGGCCUCCUGGCCGGGAAAAAUCUGUGAAUCUCAGGGCAUCGAUUACACCUACGACUCCGGCAGGCUCGAGAACCGCACCUUCCUCGAGAACGACAUCGCCACCAUCAAGCCGACCCACGUCUUCAACGCCGCCGGCGUCACCGACCGCCCCAACGUCGAGUGGUGCGAAUCCCACAAGGUCGAGACCAUCACGACCAAUGUGGUCGCCUCGGCACUCUGA